GUCAACUGCUGAGAAAAGUUUGACAUACCCCAUAAAUAUUGGGUCUUAAUGCAUAUGUUAAGAAUUUUACAUUUUAAUACAAUGCAAAAGAUUUAAGAACUGUACCAAACUACCUGAAGAAGCAUUCUCAACUCAGAGAUCAGCAGUCAAUGACAGGUUUGAAGCUCCUUCUCCCCAGAUGCCUAAGAUGGGAGCUCGCAUAUGGAAAAGAUGGAAAAAUUUGGGUAAAUGAAGAUGUCUUUGCCUAAGCCAGGAGACAGAAGGCUGGUGUAUUUCCCACUCAGUUCAUGUUUUGGUAUAAAAGCUCUUUGGACAAUAAAUGAGAGGAAUUCUUCAGGAUGUGAACUCAGGACUUCAUGAGGAACCACUGAGAAUCUCCUUCCCAAUAAAACCAGGUAAAUCACUAUGGACAAUCAAGAUGAAUAUGUACUUAACUUCAGAGGCCAUAACUUUGAAAGAAGUUUAGUUAACAUGAACAUAGAGGAAAACAUGGAUGAUCAGGAAAUUAGAGAUGAUGAUGUCUUCAUAGUCACAUAUCCAAAAUCUGGUACCGCCUGGACACAACAGAUCCUCAGCCUGAUUUAUUUUGAGGGCCACAGGAACAACACUGAAAACAUCCAAAUAAUAGACAGAGUACCAUCCUUUGAGUACAAUAUUCAUAAUGUGGACUUUGCCAAAAUGCCAUCACCUCGUAUCUUUUGUUCCCACCUCCCGUAUUAUUUAGUGCCAAAAGAUUUCAAGAACAAAAAAGUCAAAAUUCUUUAUAUCUACAGAAAUCCUAAAGAUGUUUUGACCUCCUACUUUCAUUUUUCAAAUUGGAUAGUUAUAAUUGAAGCCUCAAACACUAUAGAAACAUUUAUGCAAACAUUUCUACAUGGAAAAGUGGUAAAAAACAAUUGGUUUGACCACAUAAGAGGCUGGUAUGAACACAGACAUGACUUCAAUAUUAUGUUCCUGAGCUAUGAAGAUAUGAAGAAGGACCUCAGGGGCUCAGUGCUGAAAAUCUGCAGUUUUCUGGAGAAAGAACUGAGUAAAGAAGAUGUGGAUGCUGUUGUGAGACAAGCUACAUUUCAGAACAUGAAAUCUGACCCACGAGCAAAUUAUGACGAUAUUAUAAAAAAGGAAAUUGGGACAAGAAAUGAUCAGGGAACAUUCCUCCGCAAAGGAACCAUUGGAGACUGGAAGCAUCACUUGACUGUGGAUCAAAAUGAAAGAUUUGACAGAAUAUUCUACAAAAAAAUGAAAAACAUACCCUUAAAGUUCAUUUGGGAUAUGAAUGAGGAGUAGAACUUUAAUUACCACGUGAAGUAAUCAUAUAAAAAUGUACUAACCAAAGGCCAUACUCAAAUAUUAAAAUUAAUUUCUUUCACUCACUUAACUAUGAAUAUAAAGCAUAAUUCUUGAAUGAGAAAAUAAACUUAAGCUUAGCUUGCUGGCCAUAACAUUGAUUUCAAAGGUAGCUACUAGCAUUGGUAUCUUUCACAAAAAUGGUUUAACAGAAAACAUAAAAAAUGGCUCGUAGUCUUCAGAAAUACUUCAAUAGUUCACAUUUUCUUUACCUUUAAUUAAUUUAGGAUGGAAUUAACUCUAAAAAUCCAAUUACUCUUAUACCUAACUUUAAGUGAUUGUUUUCAAAAUCAAUAUACUCAUUCAACUGUACUAUGUGAAAUAAAGAGAGAUGUCAUAUAAAAACAUAUAUGCCUUUCAAAAAUAA